AUGUUCAAAAGAAGGAAAUCUCAUGAUAGUUCAAGUUCUUCGGCUCCAAAUGAUAAUACGUCUCCUUCAAAUGCUAGUGCAUCUCUGGCUCCUCCCAAUGUUACCGUGACUCCUUCAAAUGUUAGUGUGUCUCCGACUCCUUCAAAUGUUACCGUGAUUCCUUCAAAUGCUAGUGUAUCACCGACUCGAAGUGUCCCUUUAGAGGAAAAAGAAUUGAUUUACGAUGUUGAAAAACUUAAUCAUGAUCCUGCAAAAAGAGAUAGAUUUAAGUCGUGGAAUAAGCCGGACAGAUUUACGAAGCAUAUUGGUGGAGUAAAAAGUGCUCACAAUCUUGUUUAUGAGAAAUAUGUGAACUUAAGAGAUGGCAAAAAAAAGUCUAUUCUUGUUUCUCUUGAUAAUGCCACCGAGGUGACCAUAAAAGAAUAUGACAUUCGCUUGAAGGCUUCAAUUUCAUGUUUGCGUUAUCUACUGCGGCAAGGUUUGGGCUAUCGUGGACAUAGAGAAAAUAGUGAAUCCCUUAAUAGAGGAAAUUUUCUUGAACUUUUGAAAUGGUUAAGGACACAUAAUGAAGUUGUUUCAAAAGUGACUUUGGAAAAUGCUCCUGGAAAUUGUCAAUUGAUAUCUCCAACUAUUCAAAAGGAUAUUAUCAAUUGUUGUGCUAAAGAAACAACUAAGCGAAUUGUGGAAGAACUUGGUGUUGACUAUUUUGCUAUAUUAGCUGACGAAUCAAGUGAUGUGUCCCAAAAGGAACAAUUAUAUCUUUGCCUACGCUAUGUUCAAAGAAAAAUAGGACAGGUAGUGGAAAGAUUCAUUGGUCUUGCUCAUGUUGGUGAUACCACAGCUUUAUCUCUUAGAAGUGCAAUCAUAUCAUUGCUUAUUGAACAUUCAUUGAGUCCAUCUAAGAUUCGAGGAAACGGAUAUGGUGGGGCUAGUAACAUGAAGGGUGAAAUACAUGGAUUGAAGACUUUGAUUAUGGAAGAUACUCCAAGUGCUUACUACGUCCACUGCUUCACCCACCAACUUCAACUGACUCUUGUAGCCAUUGCAAAAAAGAACGAUGAAUGUGCUUGGCUUUUUGAUACGAUUGCAAAUUUAUUAAAUGUUGUAGGAGUUUCUUGCAAGAGACAAGAAUUGAUUCGUGAAAUUCAAGCACAAAAACUUGCUCAAGCCUUAGAAAUUGACGAACUUGAAACAUGGUCUGGGUUAAAUCAAGAACUUGGUUUGAAGAGGCCUAGGACACUCGUUCUUAUGAUUAUUGAAAAGAAUGGCUCUAAAUUUGAUGAUAAGUGCAAAGCUCAAGAUUUGGAAGCUUGUUAUGUGCCUCAUGGAAGAUCAAAGCAUUUUGUUCAACAAGUUUCCUAUCGUCAUCAUUUUCGCAUUGAUGUGUUUAUAGAGAGGUCUCUUGAUUGUCAACUUGAUAUAUUCAUGAAGGAUAUUAGAAGAGAUAAUGACUUUCAGAAUUUGCAAGAUCUUAGUUCUCUUUCAAUGAAGCUUGUUGAAACAAAGAGGGAUGUGGCUUACCCCUUUGUCUUUUUGCUUAUUAAGUUGAUUUUGAUUCUUCCGGUUGCUACUGCAAGUGUAGAGAGAGUAUUUUCUGGAAUGGCGUUUGUGAAGAAUAAGUUGCGAAAUAGAAUUGGUGAUAAACCUUUGAAUGAUUGUUUGGUGACUUUCAUUGAGAAAGAAAUGUUUCUACAAGUCUCUGAUGAUGAUAUAGCUCAUCGCUUUGAGGAAAUGAAGACUCGUAGAAAAAUAAAUUAG